AUGCAUGGUCGUCGGCCCGAAAGACAAGAUCGUGAACAGGAGUCUUUGACUCGUAUUGCUAUAGUAAACAAUGAUCGUUGUAAACCAAAAAAAUGUAAUCAAGAAUGUAAACGUUCAUGUCCUGUGAAUAAAACUGGUAAAUUAUGUAUCGAAGUAACCCCCGAAUCAAAAAUUUCACAUAUAUCUGAAGAGUUAUGUAUUGGUUGUGGUAUUUGUGUGAAAAAAUGUCCGUUCGAGGCAAUUACAAUCAUCAAUUUGCCGAGUAAUCUUGAUAAAGACACCACACAUCGUUAUGGACCGAACUCGUUUAAACUACAUCGUUUGCCAACACCGCGUCCCGGUCAAGUUUUAGGUCUUGUCGGAUCGAACGGUACGGGUAAAACCACCGCUUUACAAGUUUUAGCUGGUAAAUUGAAACCGAAUUUGGGAAGAUACUCGUCACCACCUGAUUGGCAAGAUAUUUUGAAAUUCUUUCGUGGUAGUGAAUUACAAAAUUACUUCACGAAAAUUCUCGAAGAGAAUCUGAAAGCUAUUCUCAAACCACAAUACGUUGAUCGGAUCCCUAAAGCUGCUCAAGGUCUCGUGGCUGAUUUGCUGAAUAAAAAAGAUGAAUUGGGCAAUCAAGAAGAAAUCACCCAAAUGUUUGACCUAUCCAAUGUCAAAGAUCGACAAAUAAGUGACUUAUCUGGUGGUGAAUUGCAACGAUUUGCAUGUGCGAUGGUUUGUAUACAGAAAGGAGAUAUUUUCAUGUUUGACGAGCCUUCGAGCUACUUGGAUGUCAAACAACGUUUGAAAGCAGCUUUGGCUAUUCGAGACAUCAUUCGAGAGAACCGCUACAUCAUCGUCGUUGAACACGAUCUUUCGGUUUUGGAUUAUUUAUCCGAUUUCAUUUGUGUUCUGUAUGGUUCGCCUGGUCACUAUGGUGUCGUAACAAUGCCUUUUUCUGUUCGUGAAGGUAUCAAUAUAUUCUUGGAAGGUUUCAUUCCAACAGAAAACUUACGUUUUCGUGAUGUGGCAUUAACAUUUAAAGUUGUCGAAACAGCAUCUGAAGAGGAAGUGAAACGUUUAUCAACGCAUAGAUAUCCUGCCAUGAAGAAGGUUCUUGGCUCUUUUUCUCUAUCGGUCGAUGCCGGAUCGUUCACAGAAUCGGAAAUUAUUGUUUUACUUGGAGAGAACGGCACUGGUAAAACAACCUUGAUCCGAAUUCUAGCAGGAAACUUAGAACCAGAUGCGGGUGUUGAGAUUCCUCGAUUAAAUAUUUCAUACAAACCACAAAAAAUUAGUCCGAAAUUUACCGGAACUGUCCGUGAUCUACUCAAUUCAAAGAUCAGGGAAGCGAUCUUCCAUCCGCAGUUUCAAACUGAUGUGUCUCGACCGCUUCAGAUCGAUAACAUCAUUGAUCAAGACGUACAAAACUUAUCCGGUGGUGAAUUACAACGUGUCGCCUUGUGUUUAUGUUUGGGUAAACCAGCCGAUGUCUAUUUAAUUGACGAACCAUCAGCUUACUUGGACUCCGAACAACGUUUACAUGCUGCACGUGUGAUUAAACGAUUCAUUCUUCAUAGUAAGAAAACAGGUUUUGUUGUCGAGCACGAUUUUAUCAUGGCAACAUAUUUGGCCGAUCGAGUUAUCGUAUUCGAUGGUACACCGUCUGUUAAUGCCCAUGCUUCUGAACCUCAAGCACUCGUGCCCGGUAUGAAUUCGUUCUUGAAACAACUCGAGAUCACAUUUCGACGAGAUCCAGAAAAUGCUCGACCGCGUAUCAACAAACGAAGCUCUGUCAAAGAUGUGGAGCAGAAACAGGCUGGUAAUUACUUUUUUCUUGAAUGA